AACCCAGCUCUAAUCGCUGCCUGCUAUACACAAAACGCCCGCCCUCCACAGAGCGUCGCGUUCCCCAUCCCAUUGCCAGCAUCCAUCAUACCUGGCUACCAUCGGCGACGCAAUGGAUCCCCUCGAGAGUUACUGUCCUGUCUGCCAGCGCCAGAUACUCCCCAAACGUCUCACCAUACCUGUUGAAUCCGCACAACCCCUCCCCCCUGCGCCACCUCCCUCCUCCCCCGACGACAGUUCUUCCCCAAAACCGGCCUCGGCGGAAUCAAAUCCUGCCCGUCGCUCAAAGAACGCCGCCACUCGCACAAAGCCACAACCAGGUCUCGUACGCGGCACCGGUCGCGUAAAACCAAAUGGGGCCAUCAAGCGCACUCCCUCCACACACUCCACCACCACACCCGCCGCUCAGCCCGCUCCCAUCCCACAACUCAGGACGCGCACUGUCAUCGACCAAUCUCCAAUCCCUCUCUAUUGCUCGGAAGAGUGCCGCCUCGAGGAUCUCACCUCCCACUGCGGUCGCCUCUCCUUCGACUACAACCCAGACCGCGAUUUCUCAGAUUCUCCCCCUCUCCCUCCCGUCCCCUCAAACUCCCUCGACAUCCCAUCCGGCUCCCCGCUCAGCAGCGAGACCGACAGCACCUCGACAGCCAGCUCCUCCCUCGAUUUGCACCCACAUCCUUCGUCCUACUUCAACUCUUCAUCCGAGUGGGCUUCAGUAUGUCCCGGCGCCGGUCUCCUCGCAGAGAAGUACGGCUUCCCGCCACCACCGCCUCGCCCGACCGUUCUCGAGCCGGAGGAACCAGCAUCGCCUCCUGUCAGCGCCGCCGACGAGUGGCAAAGCGGAGUCAUGAUGGCCUCCCGUCGUAUCAAGGCUGCUCUUUCUUCCGACGCCCCUCCGAAACGCUCUCAGUCGCAUGCAUCCUCGAGGGAGCGGAAACCUAUCCCCGGUUGGACAGACGGAAGCGAUGCCUGGCGUUCUUCCGUCUAUUCCUUCUCUCCGCCUCACUCCAGUCAUAUCACCGCACAGUUCGAGCGUCCAGCCGCCUACAAGAGCAUGGCCGCAUCGCCUCAUCGUUCCACCGGCGUGUAUUCAUCUCUCGGCCAGGACAACACCCCGACCGCGCCUAGUGGUCGUCGAGACUCGACUUCAUCCAUCUCAUCCACACGGCCACAGCUCGGUGCUCGCUCAAACACGCACGAGGACCUGUCGAAAUACCCGCUCAGCUUCGUGCGCCGCACCGAGUCGCGGUCAUCCAUCUCCUCGCUUCAUCCGCAGUCACUGCCUAUUCCACCACGCCGUCGUGAGCACAGCAUCCUCCAGCCAGGUGCCGAAGGCAAACUCCUCGUACCUGAUGUCAAGCUCCGUGGCUCCCCAUCCGCCUCUUCUUCUUCGUACGACGGCGCCUCGCUUUCCAGCUGGCACUCGGCGUCGAGCAGGAGCUUGGUGAGAAGUCCGCUCAGCCGAGGAUACAGCGACCUUCACUAUGAUCUUCCCGUAGUCGGAGAGUGCGCUGAGAAGUCGGAUAGCGGGUCUGUACCUCCACCAAAGAGGCCUACGGUUGAGACACGAUCAUGGUCUUACGACAAUGUCCCUACGUAUCCCGUCAUGCCCAUGCCUGCCAAGAAGGAGGUUCGUCGCGAGACACACGUUGUCGAUGGUGUUCACAAGGUCGUCGAGGUCGAAGUCGAGGUACCAAACCAGAUGAAGCGCCUAUUCCUCUUUCCCGGGAAAGAGAUUAGGUCUUAAACCGACUUCCUUCUUUCACCGAUGCCUCCUUCGCUGCUCUCCCUCAAGUUUCCAUGUCAUCCAUACCUGUCCUACGAUACCACCGCGACGACGAACGACCGCCGACGAUCCUAAUGAACCCACCGUACUUAUUCCAUAUCCAUAUAGCGUGCAACUCACUCCUUCCUCACCCGCAUUCUUAUCCCCCCUCCCUAAUGGAUCGUCUCGUGUCGUUCGGCGUAGGCCACGACACAGGCGUUUACGCCCCUCGUCCUUCCGCGUUGCGUCUCCUCGCGCCUCGUUCAUCAAAACCUGUCACUCACGUCAUUAACACUGUGUUCGGGAUUUUCUCUUUUCUCUUCUGGAUGUCAAUCUGUAAAUGUUGUACAAUACUGUUUUCCAUCCUCACGCUGUGACAUGUCUGUACCCAUAGUUCACGUACAUUAUCUCAUGGACUCUUUCCAUUAUUGCCCCAUCUUGUUUGUCUUGUGGCCCUCAUGAUGGCCGGGACUGGACUCGAACCCACCCUACGACGAACCGUAUGCACGCGGGGGCCCAACGAGCAUCAGUCGCAUCAUAUAUUCGUCACACGUUCAUAUCAUAUCUAUCCAUGAAUUCUUCCUUCAUUCAUUCAUCGACCCCCUCCCGCUCUCGUGCUUUCGCAGUUCUUUUGUUUGCCUCGCAUCCCAUUACAUACCAUUCCAUGCGUGCUCCACAAUGCAUCCGCCUCCCUGUCUCUCCCUCCUUUCGUUUGCCUCUGCCCUCUUUCCGCCCAAGUUCCUUCCGCAUCUCGCAUACUCGCAUCUGCCAUCUCCGAUCUCCAGUCUCCAAUUUCAUAUCUCAUAUCUCGUACUCAUAGCGGGGAUGACGCAAAUACCAUCAUCACAUUCAUACCAUUUACCGUAUCGUAUGCAUACCUUGUGUCCCUUCAAUCGUUACCUUCGAGAUGAUCUUUUCUUGAAGAGUCGGUCUUUGUUUGGGUUUGGGAGAGAGGGGAAGUGGCGGUCUUCCCGAUCCUCGUAUCUCGUUUUUUUGGGAAUUGUAAAGUAAAUACUUGUACCAACACCAACGUCGACAUCGCUAUCCUACCAUUCGUUCCCUUUUCGUUUGAGUUUCUCUGAGUUUACAUAUCGUAGUUAGUGUAAUUUUUGAAUCCAACCGUCGUCGUUUCA